AUGGACGAGAUUGAGGUUCUGGGCGAACUAGGAAAGGGCAACUACGGUUCGGUACAGAAAGUGUUUCACCGCCCUACCGGGGUGACGAUGGCGAUGAAGGAAAUCCGUCUGGAGUUGGACGAGUCGAAACUCAAUGGCAUCAUUAUGGAGCUGGACAUCUUGCAUCGCGCCGCGUCACCCGAGAUCGUCGAGUUCUACGGCGCAUUCACCAUCGAGUCCUGCGUCUACUACUGCAUGGAGUUUAUGGACGCUGGGUCUCUCGACAAGCUUACUGGGCAGACCUCCAGUGAUGCGCUAGCUGAGGGCGAGCUUCUCGUUCCUGAACCUGUCUUGAGACGAAUCACAGCUGGCAUCGUCCGCGGCCUCCGCUUCCUCAAGGAUGAGCUCCAGAUCAUGCAUCGCGACGUCAAGCCCACCAACGUCCUCAUGAACCGCAAGGGCGAGGUCAAGCUGUGCGACUUUGGCGUUUCGGGGCAGCUCGAGAAGAGUCUCGCCAAAACCAACAUCGGCUGCCAGUCGUACAUGGCACCUGAGCGUAUCAAGGGCGAGUCGCAGAACCAGGUUUCGACAUACACGGUUGCGUCGGAUGUCUGGUCUGUGGGCCUGUCGAUCAUUGAACUCGCCAAAGGCUGCUACCCCUACCCGCCGGAGACAUUUGCCAAUGUCUUCGCGCAGCUGACGGCCAUUGUCAACGGUGCGCCGCCUACACUACCCGAGGGGUACAGUGACGACGCCAACGACUUUAUCGCCAAGUGUCUUCAGAAGGAUCCCAAUGCGCGCCCAACUUAUGGCGAGCUUUUGAAGCACCCCUUCCUUCUCGCAGACAAGGACGCGGACGUGGACAUGGCGGGCUGGGUGGAGCACGCGCUGGAGCGACAGGCUAAGCGCAGCAUCGUUCCCCUCGCCGAGGUUGCUUCCUAA